AGCUGUCAUCACAACCGUCACUGUCGCUGUCAAGGAGGAGGAGCUGCGUAUACGCUGCAAAAAAUAAUUUGGUUAGUUGGAACAGCAAAAGUGCAACAAUUUUGGUGCAUUAUUUGCAACUUGCGAGCCUUUUUCAAGUGAUCUGCACUGCAUACACUGAAAACUGAUCACCACCCGCUGCAACGCACAGCAAACAUCCCUCGGUGGACGUUGCUGUCGUCGUCGUCGUCGUCGUUGUGUUGCCUUCGCAAUCAGAUUAGUCACGUCAAAAUAUUUCCCUAUUUUCAUUUUUUCCUUUUAUCGUGCUUUACUUUCUCUCGGUUUCGGUGGUGCUUUAUCGGAACGCAUUUGCCAGAGAGUGUUGCGGAGAAGUGUACUGUAACGCACUUUGCCCGAAAGCUGAGCUUAGUGAAAACAAGAGUGGACAGAUUCACACGUAGUCCUAUAGUGAAUCUUUGCAGAGCAGACGGCAACCAGAACCGUACCUGUGCUCGAUUUUUCUGUUUGUUUCUGUGCCUCCGAGUGGAGCAGCUGCGGUUGUGUAUUGUUGCGUGCAUUAUUUGGCUAAUCAUCAUCUUGCUUCGUUCGGAAGAGUCUGUGAUACGGAAGUGACGCAUACAGUAUGACGGAACAACAAAUGGAUUGUGCGCUGGACCUGAUGCGACGACUUCCUCCACAACAGAUUGAGAAGAAUCUUAUCGAUCUGAUCGAUUUGGCACCGGACCUGUGCGAGGAUCUGCUAACAUCCGUCGAUCAGCCGUUGAAGAUAGCAAAGGAUAAGGAAACGGGCAAGGACUACCUGUUGUGUGAUUACAAUCGCGAUGGCGAUUCGUACCGUUCGCCUUGGUCGAACACUUACGACCCUCCGCUGGAAGAUGGUUCGAUGCCUUCGGAACGGCUACGAAUGCUGGAGAUCGAAGCGAAUCUGGCGUUCGAUCAGUACCGCGAGAUGUACUACGAGGGAGGUGUAUCGUCCGCGUACCUGUGGGAUCUUGAUCAUGGGUUUGCCGGGGUGAUUCUGAUCAAAAAAGCCGGCGAAGGCAACCAGAAGACGAAGGGCUGCUGGGACUCGAUACAUGUGGUGGAGGUGCAGGAGAAAAGCUCCGGACGGACGGCGCACUACAAGCUAACAUCGACCGCGAUGCUGUGGCUGCAGACCAACAGGCAGGGUUCCGGUACGAUCAACCUUGGUGGAAGCCUCACCAGACAGAUCGAACAAGAUGCUCCGGUGAGCGAAUCCAGCCCGCAUAUUGCGAACAUCGGUCGCAUUGUCGAGGACAUGGAGAACAAAAUACGCAACACGCUAAACGAGAUUUACUUCGGCAAAACGAAGGACAUCGUUAACGGGCUGCGAAGUAUUCAAUCGCUGGCCGACACCAAUCAGCAGGCAACGAUGAAGAAGGAUCUAGCGGCAGCACUGCAACGACGAACUGGCAAGAGCGAGAGACACAAUGUGUUUUCAGGCUUUACGAGCUCGAACGGCAGCGGCCCCGAGUACGAGCAUCUGAUGCAGUUCGAGUAUCUCACGACCAAGUACCGUGAUGUGGUGUCUCAGCUGAAGACGGUUUCGAACGAAAAGCAACGUUUGGAGCACGAUUUUCAGCUGCUGAAAAAGGAGCUCGAAGGAAAGGGCGACUUCUUCAACAGCUAUCACGAGUACAGCGCGUUGAAGCAAAAGUACGACACGUUGCGCCACCGGUACGAGGAAAUCGCUAAAGAUCCUUCGCACUGCAUAAAGCUGUGCGAGGAGUUGAAGAAAGAACGCAACAAAUACAAAGAGCUGCUAAAAGCAACAGAGGAAGAGCUGGAAACCGUCCUAUCGGAGCGGGGCAGUGUGCUGAAAGAGAACCAAAAGCUGUACGACAAGAACGAAGCACUCGAGCGUGAGGUGCAGGGAAAGCUGAAGGAAUGUGUGUCGUUGAAGGAGAAAAUCGAUCUGCUGAAAACGCGCCAAGAGUAUCAGCAGCUGUCGAACGAGAGCAGCUGGAACAAGGAAUUGUCCGACAGCAAGGAUAAGUUCAGCAUCGUAUCGGAGAACCUGGAAACGGCCAACCAAGAGAUUGAACGGUUGAAAAAAGCGCUCGACAAGUCAAAGGCAGAAAUAGCGAAAGCGAUCCACGACACGGAUGUGGCCAAGCAGCGAAGAGAUUGGGCGAUAUCGGAGAGGGAAAAGAUUGUGCAGGAACGUGACAGCGUGCGCAAUCUGUGCGAUGAAAUUCGAAAGGAACGAGAUACGGCCACGUCCAAGCUGCUGGCAGCGAUACGUGAUAAGGACGAUGCGCACAAGAGGAUCGAGCUGCUAACAGACCAGCUGGAGCAGGUGACACGGGACAGUAUUAAUAAUAAUGCCGGAACAGCCGCUCAGAGUCCGACGGGAGGAGGGAACCCGUCGCAGGCGAACGGCGCAGGGUCGUCGGGCACACCGACCACACCCAACGCUUCCCUGGUGUCGAUGAACAAUAGCAACAGUCAUCGGAAUUCGCAUUACAGCAGCUUUAGCUCGAUUUACAACCUGGAAUCGUUGCAGCAGUACGAUGUGGAGAUGGUUGAGAUCGAUACUUCGCCACUGUUGAGUAAUUCUUCCGACUGGGGUCUUACGAUCAGCGGCGAUCUCGAUCACAGCUAUGGGAGCGAUCAUGGGAGCAACACGAAGAAUCUCUGCGGUCCGUACGUGGCUGCCGUAGAGCACGAUUCAAUCUUUGCCGGGAAGCUUAAACCGAACGACAUCAUAUGCCAAAUAAACAAUCACGACUGUAGCACGUUCUCGCGCCGGAUGAUCUACCGCACGAUCCGCAACAGUGUCCCACAGUGCAUUAUUACGGUGAAGCGGCCAACGAAGCGUUUGCUGCCGGUGCAGAUCCCGUUUACCAGCACGAACCGCAACCAUGGGCUGUGUCUCGAGCUGGGGCUGUACAUCGCCAAGUUGGAACCCAACUCGAUCGCGGCUAAGGAUGGUCGGCUAGCAGUGGGGGAUCGCAUUUUGUCGAUCAACAACAAACCGAUGGAGAGCAUCAAGAACAUCAACGAUGUACACGCGUACAUCAACGAUAUGCGCAACAGCAGCCUCAAUCUGAUUGUGAUCAAGGAAAUGCUGGAAAGUCAUCCGAGCUAUGCGAGCUUCUAUCAGCCCCGAUUGAAACACAUCCGGAAUACCACCAGCUGCACGCAGACGGAUAAUUCGCUGUCGACGUUCGGCAGCAGCCAGCACAGCACCACCAACCCGAGCAGCGUGAAUACGAGCGCUAACGCGAUGACGAUGAUGAACCACCAUCGGUUGAGUCUGGAGUUUGACAACAACAACCACUUCCUGCCGUCGGCGAUGCCUUCCUCGUCCUACCAGCCGUCCUCCAGCACACCGAACUCCGUUACCGCAAGCACACCAUCGUCCACCAAGUCGGCCUCCAAGCUGACGGAAUUUAUUCAGAAAAUUAAAGACAAAAUGGCGAUAAGCAACCACAGCAAGGAAGUGGGUGGUCCGGGCGGCAGCCAGGAGCACGAUGCGAUCGCGGCACUCGAUUCCGUGCUGGACAGUGACGAGCAAUCGCGGGAUGGAAAGCGCUCCAAGCGUCGGAACAAAAACGAUCCCCACAGUCAAUCGGAAGUGCCGCGUGGAACGUGGCCAAGGGUUAACAUGACGAUACACAUCAACGAAACGCACCCGGGCACGAUUGUGCAGAAGAAAAAGAUAAGACCGCAGCUAACGAUACCGCGUGGGGGUGAUUUGGACAACAACAACUACUUCGCCGCCGUACUGAAUGAAGCCAAUACGAUUCCGACGAAUUUUCAGCCCGAUAAACUCACGGCCGGAGAAUCCCUUUCGCCGCAAGGCAUGCCUGGCGGUGGAGGUUCGGGUGGACAGGUUGGUAUGGGUGGUGGAGGGAUUGCCACCACGAGUAGUAUUGCACCGUCAGGAGCUUCGGCCGGUGGUGGACAGGGAACGUUACCGAGCUCGAGCAAACGAAACUCCAAUCCCGUCAUGCCGAUGGACAUAAACCGCCUUCUUGCCUUAAAGUAUGGAGAUGCGACAGCCGGCGGUGUGCUGGUGAGUGGUCCUGGCGGGAACGCAACGGUCGGUGCGAUGGGAAAAUCCCACACCGGUGCACCAUUUCCUCGUUCAUCUACCUACGACGAUCGGCACCACGAUGGUGGCGGGCUAAAUCUGAACAAGCAUCGCUUCAGUUUGAAUCUUUCCGCAAUGAGCAAACAGCCGAUGCAGCAGCAGCAGCAGCAGCAACAACAGAUACUGUUGCCACCGCCGCAUCAGCAACAAAACUCACUCGAUUUCAUUCCAAUUCCAACGUCCUCCUCGUCGCAAAAGAGCAGCCAUUCGAUCGAUUCCGUCAGCGCGUCACAUUCGCUUUCAAAAAGCCCGCCCGUGUACUAUCCCGGAACAGCUGGCGCGCUUGGCAUACCGACGUCGAAAACGACCGAAUUCUUCAUGACUUCCAAGAUUACGAAAUCGCUGUCGAAGUACUCGAGCGACAACGAGAGCAUUGACACGGAAACGCUUUCCAUCGGUGGUGGGGGUAGUGGUGGUGCAACGAUGGGAGGUGGAAUGUCGGCAAACAUUAUGAGUCCAACCGGUGGACAGGGAAUGGUUGGAGGUGGUGCUAGUGGUGGUGGACCGGGUAACACCAACACACUGCCGCUGUCGCACAUGCGCAAGCAACUGAUGGGUAAUAGUGGCACCGGGGGAUCGUCUUCGAGUCGUAGCGGUCACACACUCUACCCAGCCGCGACGGCCGGUUACGGUGCGACGAUCUUUCCUGGUUCCUAUCCACAUCCCUUCAUGCGCAAUCACCACCAGCCGGGAGGAAGCAGUAGUGGCGGUGGAGGAGGAGGAGGAGGUGGAGGAGGAGGAGGAGGAGUAGGCGGAGGAGGAGUAGGAGGUGGUGGAGGAGUAGGGAUAAGAGGAGGAGGAGGAGGAGCAGGAGGAAGUAGUGUGACUGGGGACACUUUGAUGGCAUUUCAACCGGGCAUUGUAACGAGCCCAGGCCCAACCGGACAUCAUGCGCACGUCGCUUCAAUGGACUAUUCCUACCGAUACAGUCAGAUCCAAUCGUCCAAGGAGGAUGUUCCCAUAUCGGGAUACAGUGGUGGCUAUGAAGGAGGAACGUUUCCACGCAACAAAAGUCACCUAACGAGCAACAGCAGCCACCAUCACCAUCACCACCACCAUCACCAUCAGGGAGGGUUCCGAAUUCCUUCGAACCAGAGCGUUACGAGCCGUGGCAGUGGCAUCAAGAUCAGUAACGGAUCGAUCGAUUGCAGCAGCUCCGAGCGUGCAUCACCGAUUCCAACGUUUGAAGUACAAAUCCUGAAACCCGGACACGUCCCUUCCGGGGGUGGCGGAUCUGGAUCGAACAAGCGCAGCUCCCUGCAAGACUACGGACAAUCUAAACCGAACGUGGGCGAGCUCCGGUUGGUGCAGUUCAACAAGAGCGAAACGUCGCUCGGCAUCAAAAUCUUCUGUCGACGUAACGGUGGCGGAGUGUUCGUGUCAAACGUGGGUGAAAAUAGUCUGGCCAGCAAGGUAGGAUUGAACAUCGGUGAUCAGUUGCUGGAGGUGUGUGGAAUCAAUCUGCGCAAAGCGACGUACGACCUGGCGGCGCAUGUGUUGCGCCAAUGUGGCAACUCCAUUACGAUGCUCGUGCUCUACAAUCCGAUCGUGUACAGCAAUCUAACGACGAGCGAGGACAAUCUGGCCCGAUCGGGUUCGCCAACUCCGCAGAACUCGCCCCGAACCAUGGGACGGUCGCUUAUAUCGGCCGUCAACACAACGGCCGUCAAUUCAAUAACCGGUACAAUGGCAACGGCGAAGACUUCUUCGCUCGUAAAGGCACAGGAGUUUAGCGAUAGUCUCGAGCAUCAAACACAACUGCACGACGAUGAGGAGGACGGUUCGGUCGCGGUCGGUAGUGUGUCCGGCGUGCAGGGCAACAUUUACAAGGAGCAACCGAGGGAAAUUUACAUCGAAACGCGCAAAACGUCCAACUUAGGAAUUACGCUUGUCGGAGGAAAUGCGUACGGCAUAUUCGUCCACGGGGUGCAGAAAGACUCUAUUGCCGACCAGGCCGGAUUGCUGGUGGGCGAUCAGAUACUGGAGUUUAACGGAACUGAUAUGCGCCGCUCGACGGCGGAACAUGCGGCACUCGAGAUUGCAAAGCCGGCCGACCAUGUAAAGGUGCUCGUGCUAUACAACAUUCAAAAGUUCAAUCAGAUCAAGGAUAAACCAGGCGAUGCACUGUACAUCAGGGUGGGAUUCGAUCGUAACUGCGAUCAGGGCGAUUCGGAGCUAUCGUUUACGAAGGACGAGGUGCUGUUCGUUGACAAUACCAUGUUCGGUGGGAUACCGGGGAAGUGGCGUGCCUGGAAGCUGGACGAGUACGGCCACAAGAAGCAAUGCGGCAUCAUUCCCAACAAGCUAAAAGUGGAGGAAGAGUUGCGACUGUUGGGUGAUCCGGGCGAUGUCGAUACAACGGCACGACGAGGUUCAACGUCAGCCCGCAGAUCGUUCUUCAAGCGCAUCAAACCUCAGCGAAGCUCGUCGCGCGAUUCAAAGGAGUUGGCCAGCUUCAGUAACACGCACCUGAGCCUGUAUCUCGAUUCCAGCUCACUCAGUGACGAUGGAUUGAGCAGCUACCAACGCGUGGAACGCUUGGAAUACACCUACCGCCCAGUAAUAAUAUUGGGCCCAUUGUCCGAGUUUGUCAUCGAUAAGCUGUGCGUGGAUUUCCCGGAAGACUUUGCCGUGCUGCAGGAAAGCCAGAAGAAGUGCACCAAGGACGAGAUGGAGCUGGCGAUGCAAAACAAUACCAUCGCUGACUACAAGCUACGCAGCAAUGGCAUCUUUGAGUACACAAGCGUGCAAGCCGUGCGGGAUAAUAAGCAAUGUCACUGCAUAUUGAACGUGAGCAUGGCUGCGGUGGAACGGUUGCAACGCGCUCAAAUCUAUCCGAUCGUGCUGCUAUUGCGCUUCAAAUCGGCCAAACAAAUCAAGGAGAUCAAGGAUUCGCGGUAUUCGACUGAUAAGAUUUCUGCCAAAGCGGCCAAGGAAAUGUACGAGCAUACGCUCAAGAUGGAAUCGGAAUAUCGACAGUUUAUUUCUGUUGUCAUUUCGGGCGUGAAUAUUACACACAUGUGUACGCAGAUCAAGGCAGCCGUCGAUAGCGAGCAGAAGAAGAUCCUCUGGGUGUCGAUACCGUCGCCGUUGUGACCAUCCCUGAGCUAUCUUCGUCCCGACGAAGAUGAACGAUUGGCCUAACCUGGUUGGAUACGCACACUGAAUCGUAUCAUCCGGUUCGGUAAGACGGUAUUGUGUAGAGAGAAAAAAGAAGAAAGAAAACACCACGAACCCGAAACGAAAUCAAAAACUGGAAGCUGGAACAAGUUUUGUGUAAGUACUGUGCAAUAAUAUUUACAUUAUGAAUGAAACGUGUUGGACAGCAAUUAGGGCAGUGUAUGUACGCCCUUCGCCCACGAUAAGAGAUCGUCUCGCGAUCACUAUUUAUGUAAUGCAACGCUUCAUCACACGUUUUUAAGACAUGGCGAGACAUCCAUCCUCCUAACGAAGAUAUUUGCUGGCGUAGUAGCGUAACGUUUAAUGAUACUUAAACGACACGGUGAUGUAUUUUGGCAUUUCAAACCCCGAGUAUAAAACGAGUAAAAAAAACACAAUCUUAAACAGAAUCUCACAAUUUUCAAAUCAAAUUUAUGCGUACACAUCAAAU